GCCUACCAUGUGACAUCUAAAAUCCGCUGAAGGAAUAAUCAGUAGCCAGACUUCAAACCUCGCAUCUCCGAAUAAGACAAGUCGUAGGCGUUUGGAACCAGUGUAAUGAAAAGCUACAAAGUGGACUAUAAGAAAAAGUUUUUUGAGCGUGAAGAAGAAGAAUGUACCUGCAUGGUAAAUCUCAAUAGCUAGCUCUCUGAGUUAGUUAUUAGCAUCCCCUUGAUUUUGAGAAGACGACCGAAUCUGAUCGGGAGGAAACAAUGGCACAGAAGAAUGAACAUGGACUUCUCCCCCCUACACACAUAUACGCCACCCCAGUGUGCCCCGGACAACACUGGAUACACUUACUCCCUCAGCUCCAGCUACUCAUUGGCGGCGUUGGAGUUUGAGCAGGAGCACCACAUCGCUCCGGUCUACGACUCGCCCAAGAUGUCGCGCAAGAGCCUGCGCCUCCACACCGCCACCGGUCUCUAUGGCAACGACGGCCUGGACGACCAGUCGCACAACCACAGCGUCAGCUUCAGCAGCAGCAGUGCCAGCGGAUCCACGAGACGAACUGUCCGGAGCCGGAGGCAGCAUCAGCAGCAGCAGCAGUCCUCGGCGGAGCUGCAGACGGACUCCCAGACGCUGACGCUCACGCAGACGCAGACGCAGUCGCAGCGCCAGACGCCGAUGCGCCGGACGCUGCGCAGCCACAGCAGCUAUGUGCUGGGCCAGACCGAAACCGACGCCUCGCUCUCCGCCAGCCUGCUGGACGGGUCCAGCCUCAAGGAGCACGCCACAUCCACUCCCAAAGCCUGGGGCACAGAGCUCGAGACUGACCUGAAAGCAGGACGCAGCGUUCGAACAGAGCACAGCUCAUCGUCACGGGUCAACGGCAACGCAGGCGUCACGCAUUCGCACACGACCGUCGCCAACGGCUACAUCUGCCGCGAUUGCUCCCUCCACGGCGAGCACAAAGAAGCCCUGACCGCGUACUCUUCAUCAGGCGCGUCGUCAUCCUCAUCCUCCUCCUCCUCUGCCGCCGCGUUGGCCUCGGCUGCCGCCGGCGGUGAUGCCGGCCUGCACCUGUCCUCCACCGCCACCUCCAUCUACAGCAGCAAGCGCAGCCAGAAGCACCGGACAGGUGUGCUGGCGAGUGUCUCGGGCGCGUGUGUGCGCCAGAGCAGACGGGCGGUGACCUCCGUGUUCACCUUCAUCACCCUCCUCUUCCACAGACUGCUGGGCGACUCCAGCGCCCACACGCAGCAGCAGGGCUCCAGCAAAGGUGUGCUGGUGUCCGUGUCGGACACGUUGUGGGGUGCGGGAGCAGCCCUCUGGGAGAAUGUGCGUGUGCUGAAGUGGAGACUACAGCAGAGACUCUUUUACAGGAACCCCCAGCCCAAAGCUCACUCCAGCUACUGCGGCAGCAUGAACGUGAAGGACCUAGUGACGGGUGAUGGUCAUCUCAACCUAAAUGGAUCUCUGUGUGACGACUGUAAAGGGAGCCAACACCUGGAGUCUCACACACUCCACACACACUCCUCACGACGCAGAGGCCUGCUGGGGGCACUGCUGGCCCUCCUGACUUACACAGGUGCAGGUGUGCUGCAGGUGUGUCGUGCCAUCGCCUCCGCCGGAGCCAGCGGAACCAGGAAGCUGCUGGCCCUGCUGUGGCUUGUCGUCUUAGCUCCAGGGAAGGCCGCGAAGGCGGUGUUCUGGUGGCUAGGGGCAGCAUGGUACCAGUUGGUCACACUCAUGUCCCUGCUCAAUGUCUUCUUCCUGACCAGGUGCCUGCCCAAACUAUGGAAGCUCUUGCCGUUUCUGCUGCUCCUCCUGCUACUUCUAGGUCUGUGGUACCUGGGUCCGUCCAGCCUGUUGGGCCUGCUGCCCGCGGUCAACCUGACGGAGUGGAGCUCUGAGUCGCUGUACUCGCUGCUGCCCUCCCCCUCACUGUCCCCCGCCGCCGACCCCCCCGUGGAGCAGGCCCCCCCACUGCCCCCCGUCUCCACCCCCGCGCCCGCCACACCCUCCGUCCAACAGCAGUCCGAGGCUGAGGCUCGUCUGCUGGCUGCGCUGGCUGCGGACGGCGAGCGGCUGUCCCUGCUGGAGGGGCGCGUGGCCGCGCUGCUGCAGAGCGUCCAGCAGGGGGAGCAGCGGCAGGAGCAGCAGCACGGCGAGGCGCUGGGCCGGCACCGGAGCCUGGAGGAGCAGCUGCGCUCGCACACCGACCGCCACACGCUCGGCCUCUGGGUCUCCGGCCUGCUGGAGGACAAGCUGAGCGCGCUCAGAGCCGACCUGGAGCAGCAGGCCAAUCAGAGGGCAGAGUCUCAGGAGCAGUAUGUGGUGGAGCAGACAGCUCAUAAGACUCGGCUAGCUGAACUGGAGAUCCUGCUGCAGGCACUGGCCACCAAGACUGAGGAGGUGCAGCAUAAGCAGAAGGAUCAGGAAGCAGAAGCAGCCGUCCCUCCUCCUCCUCCAGUCAGUGUGGGGGUGGGCCAGGAGGACCAUGAUGCUUUGCUGCAGCAGGUGGGGCGGUUGGAGGCGGAGCUGGGCCGUAUCAGAGACGACCUCCAGGGCGUUAUGGGAUGCCGUGGGCGCUGUGAGCAGCUGGACACCCUGAAAGACACUGUGUCUGCCCAGGUGUCUGCGCAGGUGAGCGCGGAGGUGCGGCGUGAGCUGCAGGCUCUGUUCUACGGCGGCGAGGCGGGUGCUGGGGCAGGUGCGGGGGCGGACGACGCUGGGCUGCCCGAGUCUCUGCUCCAGUGGCUGUCCGCCCGCUUCAUCCGCGGAGACGACCUGCACGCCUCGCUCGCCGCCCUGGAGAAGAGCAUUCUGGGUAACGUGUCCCUGCAGCUGGAGCAGAACAGGCAGCCCGCCUGCGCCGAGACGGUCACGCAGAGCGUCACACACACUGCCCUGGCCGCAGGGAUGAACGAACAGGAUGUCCACCUCAUCGUCCAGAACGCCUUGAGACUCUACUCCCAGGACCGCACCGGGAAGGUGGACUAUGCCCUGGAGUCUGGAGGUGGCAGCAUCCUGAGCACUCGCUGUUCGGAGACCUACGAGACCAAGACUGCCCUCAUGAGUCUGUUUGGACUGCCCCUCUGGUACUUCUCUCAGUCCCCACGCGUGGUCAUACAGCCUGAUGUGUUCCCGGGGAACUGCUGGGCCUUUAAGGGUUCUCAGGGCUACCUGGUGAUCCGUCUGUCCCUGAGUGUGCUGCCCUCCUCCUUCUGCCUGGAGCACAUCCCCAAAGCCCUCAGCCCCACCGGCAACAUCAGCAGCGCUCCACGACACUUCACCGUCUACGGGCUGGAGGAUGAGUACCAGGAAGAGGGGAAGCUACUUGGAGAUUACACCUAUGAGGAGGAUGGCGAGUCUCUGCAGACGUUCCCAGUCAUGGAGAAGAAUGAGCAGGCCUUCCAGAUCAUCGAGAUGAGAGUGCUGUCCAACUGGGGUCAUCCGGAGUACACCUGCCUGUAUCGCUUCAGAGUCCAUGGGGAGCCCAGGCCCAAAUAAGGACCGGCUCUAGGAACCCUGUAUGUGUGUGUGUGUUUGUUUGUGUGUAUGUGUGAGUGUGAAAACGGUGUGUGUGUGUGUGCGUACCAAGGACAUGUACAUAGAAAGAGGACAAGAGUGAGGACUGGGAAGAGUGGACGGUGGAAGUUUUUAUACGAGGAGGACUACGUACGUACGUCAGAAUGGACAAGAUGGCCGUCAUGAAUGUGUUAUAAAACUAAAAGACGGGGACAGUCAUUUCUAAUGGAGGGUAACAGAAAGAAUAAAUCCUGAAAGGAUUUUAACGAGGAACAAACAAAGGCUGACUGACUGAACGAUUCAGGGAAAGAGAAGUUUGAGCGCGACGGAGCUAUAUUCUCCUAGUUCAGUUCUGCUCACUAAAUACAAACCAGCUCUUGCACUGAACCAGACCUUUAUGGAAGGGAGUCAAGCAGGCCCCACCCCCACCCCCCACCGACAUCUAUGCCCUGAGAAUUACGCCGACAACCUUUGUAUGGAUUAAUUUUGCUCUUUGAACCUCAUGCUUCAAUGGACAUCUGGAGUUCAGCUUUCUCUCUUUUUUUUUCUUUUUUUUGAGAACAUUUUGUAAUGUGUUUCAAAAGGAUCUGUGCAGACAGGCUUGCCACUCAACCCUCCAGUUGUGACAGACACACUCUCUCCAGCUCGCUCCCAAAAACUCACAGACACACUCACACACACUCUCUCUCUCUCUCUCUUUCUCACUCUCUCUCACACACGCAAACCCACACCCACACUUACACGUUACUUAUCAUCUGUGGAAAAUGUUACUCUCCCAUCCUAAGCCCUGAUUCCCUAUUUAAGCUACUCUUGCUCAUGCUGCUAUAUUGUACAGGACCAGCAUGAAGUGUUUUGUUUAUGUGUGUGUGUGUGUGUGUGUGUGUGUGUGUGUGUGUGUUGUUUGUUUUGUUUUGAAUCUCAUGUCGAGUACAGCCCACUGUGUUUUACUUUACUUUUUACAUUUGUACUGACAGCCAUAAACCACAGUGAUGCUUUGGAUUUCUAUUCUAUUUUUUUGUAGACAGUCUGAAUAUGCUCAGGAGAAACUGUGGCGUGUGUGUGUGUGUGUGUGUGCACUUGUACAUCUCCAUCUUAUCGGUCACCUGUUCCCUCUGUCUUUGCUUUCUCCUCCCUCUCUCUCUCUCCCUCUCUCACACACACACACAAACACACACAAACACAUAAACUCUACAACACACAAACUGGAGUAGGUCUGGAGUGCAUCUAGCCCGUACACACAGAAAGCCAUCUAUCUGUUUAUAUUUUUUUACAUGUAUAGAGUCCAGUCGACAGUCCAUUUCAUGAAUUAAGGUCACUUAUGUUUUUAGGGCAGGUCUAAUUAGCCUAAUUAAGUCUUUACUGCCGCUGCCACUCAGCAGGAAUGUAAUGUAUAUUUCACUGUCAAUAGCAAGCCCUUUAUUAUCCGCCUAUAUCAGUGUUGCUUUACAAAAAAGGGUACCCUCUGUCAUCAUGAUUAUAAUUAUUAUUGUAAUAUUAUUACUCAUUUUAAUUAUGUUGUGCAACUUUUUUUUUUUUUUUUGAUAGAGAAUGCUGAAGAAUGCACUGUUGUGACUUGUUAAAGAAUAUAUGUAUAUUGCAGAAAAGUCCUAAACAAUUUGCCAGAAUGGUCAUUAAAUGCGGGGGAGGAAUUGGAUAAGGGAGGAUGUGGUAAAAAAAAAUACUUCCUUGUCCUCCAAUUUGUAGACCUAAAAGAGUCUCCAAAUGUAAAAAAAAAAAGGAUUUGUUCACUAUUUAUUUGAAUUGAGGUCAGCUAUUGAGAAUUAGGACUUUGUGCAGUGUAUUUUUGUAAAAUGCUUCUCAGUGCAUUUUUUGGAAACCAUCUAUAGACAGUAAGGUUUUGUUCCAAAAAAAAUAAUAAUUAGAUUUUAUUUUUGUUGCUGCUGUCAGAAGAUGGGUAAACUGCUAUGGAAUAAUGUUCCAAAUAAAACUUUUAAUUUUGAGCGCUUUUAAA